AUGUCAAUCCGAUAUAUAAGUCAGAAACUUGCUCAGCAGAUCGAUGAAGAGCUCAUGUCUGCCUCUGGAGCCUUCUCCUUAGAUCAAUUAAUGGAAUUAGCAGGAUUAUCAUGUGCUCAAGCUUUAUCCAAGAGUUAUCCAGCAUCGACACACAAGAGAGUAAUGGUAGCUUGUGGACCUGGUAAUCAGGGAGGAGACGGUCUAGUGGCCGCAAGGCAUUUACAUCAUUUCAAAUAUAAACCAACGGUUUAUCUACCUAAACCAGGAUCGAAAGAUAUUUACCAGAGAUUACUUAAACAAUGUGAAAAUCUGAAUAUCCCUAUAUUGAAAGAUGUCGAAGAGUUCAAAGAGGGUUUGAAGGAUACUGAUGUCGUCUUGGACGCAAUCUUUGGCUUCUCAUUCGCACCACCUCUACGAGCACCUUUUGACCAAGUCCUCAAUUGUCUCAACUCAAUAUCCAUCCCGAUCGUAUCAGUCGAUAUCCCAUCAGGAUGGUCAGUGACAGAUGGACCUCAACCUCUAUACACACAAAAAGACGAUCAAGGAAAUUCGGAAUCAAUCAAAACGUUCACCCCGGAAGUAUUGGUCAGUCUGACAGCUCCGAAAGAAGGUGUGAAAGGUUUUAAAGGUAAACAUUGGCUAGGAGGUAGAUUCAUUCCUGAUGAAUUAGCUCAGAAAUACCAAUUGAAUUUACCUGACUACCAAGGUGUUGAUCAAGUGGUCGAAUUGCCACAAAGAGAUUGA